CUGGGCUACAAGUGAUUUCGGGAGAAUAUCAAGGCGCAGUUUCCGCCAGACCCUGAAGUCGGGCGACACCGCUCACUCGUCAGUCGAAUAACGUGCUAGCCAUGGGGACGACAAGCCAAAACGGGAAUGGCAAUGGCUGCAAGCCGCACUUCACGUCGACCACGUAUCCAUCGCACUGCCUGCGCUUCCUCGACAAAGUCAAUGGCGCGGCCACGACAGACAAAAGCCCGCCGCAGGCGCAGCUCAAGCUCGACAUCGUGAUCGUCGGCGCGGGCCUCGGCGGCCUCGCUACUGCCAUCGCCCUGGCGCGGCGGGGCCAUAAGGUCACAGUCCUGGAGCAGGCGCCCGCGUUCGGCGAGGUGGGCGCGGGGAUCCAGAUCCCGCCCAACUCGGGCAGGCUGCUGUACCGGUGGGGUGUGAUGGAGGAUCUCGGCCCCCUGGCGGUGCGGCCGGACGGCAUCUCGUUCCGGCGGUGGGAGUCGGGUAAGGUGAUUGGCUUCACCGACCUCUCGUCCGAUUUCAGCUCCAUGUACGGCACGCCGUACUAUGUCGUCCACCGCGCGCACUUCCACGAGGCUCUGGCCAGUAGGGUCGCCGAGCUGGGUGUGCAGGUCCGGCUAAACUGCAAAGUUGUGCAGUACGACGAGCCGUCCGCGUCUGUAAACUUGCAGGACGGCACGACGCUGCGCGGGGAUCUUGUCGUUGCCAUCGACGGUGUCAAAUCCACCGCAAGGGCUUUGCUCCCGGCCGGUGAUAGCGCAAUACCCAGGUCCACGGGCUUGUCCGCAUACCGCACGACCGUCGAUGUUGCCAAGAUGAAAGAGGUUCCCGAGAUGGCAUGGAUCCUUGAGGAGCCAGGCUUGAACAUCUGGAUCGGCGAGGACCGACACGUCAUGACAUACACCAUCGCGGGGGGAAAGUCGUUUAAUAUGGUGCUAUCGCAUCCAGACAAACCAGGGCCGCCGUCCCCGCACCCACAAAUUCAAGAGGAAACCCUGCGCGACAUGCAGCGGGAGUACGAGGACUGGGAUCCACAGCUUGUCAAGGUCAUCGGCCUUGCAGACCGCGCGCUCAGGUGGCCGCUCAUGGUCAGCCCGCCGCUGCGCACCUGGGUCGGCCGGAACUCUCGCCUGGUUAUACUGGGGGACGCUGCCCACGCUAUGGUGCCGUACAUGUCGCAGGGCGCCGCCAUGGCAGUGGAGGACGGCGCGGCGCUGGCCGUAGCUAUCAACGAGCUCAGGACGGCAAAGGACCUGGCUUUCGCGCUGCGCGUGUUCGAGAAGGAGCGGAUCCGGCGCAGCAGCAUGAUGCAGGAGGCCAGCAUGGUGAACGCCAUGAUCUGGCACUUUGAGGACGGGCCGCUCCAGGAGUCCAGGGACGCGGCCAUGAGGGUGGAGGUGGAGAGGAAACCGUUUCUCAGCAGCCCCAACCAGUGGAGUGACCCGCAGACGCAGAUGUGGGCGUACGGAUACGAUGCCGAAAAGGUUAUGGAGGCACGCUGGGAGAAGGCCGUGAGAAAGCGGGACGGCGUGGCGUCUUUCUAA